CGCUCUCUCUCUCCCUGGGCUGCUCUCCCGCUCCUCUCCGCGCUUCGCCCGCCUGACUUCCAUCCUCGAUGCGAGGGGACUCUCUCCUGCGAGAGAGAGAGAGAGCGAGAGAGAGCGAGCGGAGCCGAGGAAGAGAAGCGAGGCGGAGGCUUGUGCGGGGCUCGAGGAGCGCAACAGGGAGCCAGCCAGCCAGCCAGGCAUCCAGCCCCGCGCCGUCGUUUUCCCGGAGUUAAAGCGAGCCGCCGCCGGAGGAGCUUCCCUUUUUCCUUCCACUUGGAGGGGAUCCGAGGCGCCCCCUUUCCCGCCCUCUCUUUCCCCCGGAGGGCCGGCGGAGUGGGGCUUUUUCCCUCCCGAGGGAAGGGAAUAUGGGGAAAGUUGCAACUUGGCUCCUGACUUUGGCUGGACUUUUGCUGGAAGCCCGAGCAGAGACGUUCACAGGUGGCUGUUCUUUUGAUGAACCAUUUACCUCAUGCGGAUAUAGUCAGUCUGAUGAUGAUGAUCUUAAUUGGGAUCAAGUCAACACACUUUUAAAGCCCUCGUCGGAUCCUUGGAUGCCCACAGGCUCUUUCAUGUUGGUGAAUACCUCUGGAAGGAUUGGACAAAGAGCCCAUCUUUUGCUACCACACCUUAAAGAAAACGAUACCCAUUGUAUCGAUUUCAACUUUUAUGUUUCUAGCAAGAGUGGUUCCAGUCCAGGUGUAUUAAAUGUUUAUGUGAAAGUCAACAAUGGUCCACUUGGUAGUCCAGUGUGGAAUAUGUCUGGAGCUCCAAUAGGAACCUGGAACAAAAUUGAAUUGGCAAUCAGCACCUUUUGGCCAAACUUCUAUCAGAUAGUUUUUGAAGUAAUCACUUCUGGUCACCAAGGAUACCUGGCUAUUGAUGACGUGAAGGUUUUAGGACAUCCAUGCACUAGUACACCCCAUUUUCUGCGUGUCCAAAGUGUGGAAGUCAAUGCUGGGCAGUUUGCCACUUUCCUGUGCACUGCCAAUGGCAGAACAGUCCAAGGCAAUAGGCUUUGGUUGCAGGGUCUGCUUGUACGAGAUGCACCUCUGAAGGACAUGAAAAUUUUUAAUGAUCGGCGAUUUGUAGCUUCCUUCAGUGUGGUGAACGCUACCAAACGGGAUGCAGGCAAUUAUCGCUGUAUGAUUCGCACAGAAGGAGGAGUCGGAGUGUCAAAUUAUGCAGAACUGAUUGUGAAAGAGCCUCCUGUUCCCAUUGCACCACCCCAGCUGUCAUCUGUUGGGGCGACCUAUUUAUGGAUACAAUUGAAUGCCAAUUCCAUCAAUGGAGAUGGGCCCAUCAUUGUGAGAGAAGUAGAAUAUCGCACCUCCAGUGGAAAUUGGUAUGAUAAACAACCAGUAGAUUCUGCAAGCUAUAAAAUCGGACAUCUCGAUCCAGACACAGAAUAUGAAAUUAGCGUGCUGCUUACUAGACCAGGUGAAGGAGGUACUGGAUCCCCUGGACCAGCUCUUAAAACAAGAACAAAAUGUGCUGAUCCUGUACGUGGUCCAAGGAAACUGGAAGUUGUAGAUAUCAAAUCCUGGCAGAUUACCAUCACUUGGGAACCAUUUGGCUACAACGUAACUCGUUGCCAUAAGUACAACCUCACAGUCCAUUAUCGCUACCAAGCUGGUGGACAAGAACAAGUCAGAGAAGAAGUGAGCUGGGAUACUGACAACUCGCACCCUCAGCAUACCAUUACUAAUCUAUCCCCCUAUACUAAUGUCAGCAUCAAACUCAUUCUAAUGAAUCCUGAAGGAAGGAAAGAAAGCCAAGAAAUUGUGGUACAGACAGAUGAAGAUGUUCCAGGAGCUGUUCCUCUGGAAUCUAUCCAAGGAAGUACAUUUGAGGAAAAGAUUUUCCUUCAGUGGAAGGAGCCAAUCCAGACAUAUGGUGUGAUUACAGUAUAUGAGAUCACCUACAAAGCUGUCAGCUCCUUUGACCCAGAAGCAGAUUUAUCUAACCAAAGUGGACGUGUUCCAAAACAUGGGAAUGAAACACACAAUUUGUUUUUUGGAUUGUAUCCUGGGACCACUUACUCCUUCACUAUCAGAGCCAGUACAGCGAAGGGGUUUGGACCACCUGUUACAAGUCAAUUCACAACAAAGAUAUCAGCACCUUCCAUGCCGCCCUAUGAACUGGAAACACCUUUAAAUCAAACUGACAGUACGGUGACAGUUCUGUUGAAACCUGCACAGAGCAGAGGAGCUCCAGUCAGUGUCUACCAAAUCGUUGUUGAAGAGGAACGUCCCCGCAGAACCAAGAAAACAACUGAAAUCUUGAAAUGCUAUCCAGUGCCGAUACACUUCCAGAAUGCUUCUCUUUUGAACUCUCAGUAUUAUUUUGCAGCAGAGUUUUCAGCCAACGGUAUUCAAGCUGCUCUGCCUUUUACUGUUGGUGACAACAAAACUUACAACGGCUUCUGGAACACUCCUCUGCUCCCUCAUAAAAGUUAUAGCAUUUAUUUUCAAGCUCUCAGCAGAGCCAAUGGGGAAACAAAAAUUGACUGCGUCAGAGUGGCCACAAAAGCUGCGAUAAUCGUGACUCAGCUUACAACACCAUACAUUCGCAUCGCCCCUGCUGCAGGCGACGACCAACUAACAGGUGCUGCUACUCGAAAACCAGACCCUGAGCCAGAGAAGCAAACAGACCACACUGUUAAAAUAGCUGGAGUGAUUGCAGGAAUCUUGCUGUUCGUUAUUAUAUUUCUUGGGGUUGUGUUGGUUAUGAAGAAAAGAAGAAGCUAUCACUCCUACACUUAUUACCUGCCUGUGAUGACAGAGAUGCUUCCAUGUAUUGAAAGGAGGAAAUUGGCUAAAAAGCGGAAAGAGACAUUGAGCAGUACGCGGCAGGAGAUGACAGUGAUGGUGAACUCAAUGGAUAAAAGCUACACUGAACAAGGCACUAACUGUGAUGAGGCUUUCUCUUUCAUGGACACACACAAUCUAAAUGGAAGAUCUGUAUCAUCACCUUCUUCAUUCACAAUGAAAACAAACACACUGAGUACAACUGUGCCUAAUUCUUACUAUCCAGAUCCAUUUGUGCCAACUGCCAUUUUAGAUGAAACUCACACAAUGGGCAGUGAUACAAGCAGCCUGGUCCAGUCACAUACCUAUAAGAAGCGAGACCCUGUGGAUGUGCCAUACCAAACUGGGCAGCUCCACCCAGCUAUCCGUGUUGCUGAUUUGCUGCAGCACAUUACACAGAUGAAAUGUGCAGAAGGCUAUGGGUUCAAGGAGGAAUAUGAGAGCUUCUUUGAAGGACAGUCUGCACCAUGGGACUCAGCUAAAAAAGAUGAGAACCGAAUGAAGAAUAGAUAUGGGAAUAUCAUUGCAUACGAUCAUUCUCGAGUUAGACUGCAGCCCAUUGAAGGGGACUUAAACUCAGACUACAUAAAUGGAAAUUAUAUUGAUGGUUAUCAUCGGCCAAACCACUAUAUUGCUACACAAGGGCCGAUGCAAGAGACAAUAUACGACUUCUGGAGAAUGGUCUGGCAUGAAAAUACAGCAAGUAUAGUCAUGGUGACAAAUCUUGUGGAAGUGGGAAGGGUCAAGUGCUGUAAAUACUGGCCAGAUGACACAGAGAUAUAUAAAGACAUUAAAGUUACCCUAAUAGAAACGGAGCUCCUGGCAGAAUAUGUGAUCCGAACAUUUGCAGUAGAAAAGAGAGGUGCCCACGAAAUCCGAGAAAUCAGACAGUUUCACUUCACAGGGUGGCCGGAUCAUGGUGUGCCUUACCAUGCAACAGGACUUUUAGGAUUUGUUCGCCAAGUCAAAUCCAAAAGUCCACCUAAUGCUGGCCCAUUGGUUGUACACUGCAGUGCUGGGGCUGGCCGAACAGGAUGCUUCAUUGUCAUUGACAUUAUGCUAGACAUGGCAGAAAGAGAAGGCGUUGUAGAUAUAUACAACUGUGUCAGAGAGCUUCGUUCUCGAAGAGUUAACAUGGUGCAAACUGAGGAACAGUAUGUAUUCAUACAUGACGCAAUACUUGAAGCCUGUCUGUGCGGAGAUACCUCUGUUCCAGCUUCUCAAGUUAGGUCUGUAUAUUAUGAAAUGAAUAAACUGGAUCCUCAGACCAAUUCAAGCCAAAUCAAAGAAGAAUUUAGAACCCUGAAUAUGGUGACUCCCACGUUACGUGUGGAGGACUGCAGCAUAGCACUUUUACCUCGGAAUCAUGAGAAGAACCGCUGCAUGGAUGUCCUUCCACCAGACAGAUGCCUGCCUUUCCUCAUCACAAUAGAUGGGGAGAGCAGUAACUAUAUCAAUGCCGCACUGAUGGAUGUAAGCUCUUCUCCUGAGAGUUAUAAACAGCCUUCAGCUUUUAUAGUUACACAGCAUCCUUUACCAAAUACUGUCAAAGAUUUCUGGAGACUGGUUCUAGACUAUCACUGCACGUCAAUUGUUAUGCUGAAUGAUGUGGAUCCAGCACAAUUGUGUCCACAGUAUUGGCCUGAGAAUGGAGUUCAUCGGCAUGGCCCUAUUCAGGUGGAGUUUGUCUCUGCUGAUUUAGAAGAAGACAUUAUCAGCCGGAUAUUCCGAAUUUAUAAUGCAUCAAGAUUGGUUGGGUCCCCACAGCCCCAGGAUGGCUAUCGAAUGGUGCAACAAUUUCAGUUCCUGGGAUGGCCCAUGUAUAGAGACACCCCCGUGUCAAAGCGCUCUUUUCUAAAAUUGAUACGUCAGGUGGACAAGUGGCAAGAAGAGUACAAUGGAGGUGAAGGCCGCACAGUCGUCCAUUGCUUGAAUGGAGGAGGCCGCAGUGGGACAUUUUGCGCAAUCAGUAUUGUUUGUGAAAUGCUGCGACACCAGAGAGCUGUUGAUGUAUUUCAUGCUGUGAAGACCCUGAGGAAUAAUAAGCCUAAUAUGGUGGACCUUCUGGAUCAAUAUAAAUUCUGCUAUGAAGUGGCUUUGGAGUACUUGAAUUCUGGCUGAUGGCACAAACAUGUGGAAGGAUGAAGACCUUUUAGUGCCACAAUCAAAGCGAGUUGCUUCAUGAUAUCUGUGUGUAAGAGAGACAAGGACCUCUCAGUGUUACGCUUCUAUUGCUUUGUAUUGGCUCUUUUUAAGAGCCCAAGAGAGUCUUUCCAAAAAUGCUUGCACUGCCUAUUUUCCACAGGAUGGCUGCUGCUUGAGACACCUACAAUCCCACAGUCACACACAAACUCACUUCGGUGGUCGAAAACCACUACCGUAUAAACCCGUCAACCUGAUAUACCAGCCUAGUCAUCUGGUAAACUAAAGAGCACAAUUCUACUCCCAUCAAGAAAAAAUUAUGUUUCUGUUGUACUUUUUGUUGCCCGUGAUCCUUUGUUGUCGUUGUCACAGCCUAGUGUACAUUUUUGUUCUGUGGAGAAUGUCGUCUAGCAUUUUGAUAAAUGUAUUUUAGUUACAUUUGUAUCUUACUUGCUCUUAAUAGAACAAAGCCACUGUAGCUUAAAUCAAACUAAUAGCUACACAAACAGACCACAUUAACUUUGCAGAACUCUAUUUUUCUGUCCAACUUAUAUUGUUUGAGAAAAGAGAGACUUGACAGAAGUCCAUUAAGAAAAUGAAAAAAAAUACAGGAUGAUCAGAUUAAUAUAUCCAAAGCUUUCCCCCAUUUGUUUAUAUUGUAAAUAUUUUUUUGAUUUCAUCAAAUUAUUUAUUCAUUAAAGAGAAAUCUUUUGUGAA